ACCUAAUAGUGCGAAUGUGGGAGCGAGAGAGCGGAGAAAAUCGAUUUGAACAUUUGAAGCGAAGAACUAGUUCGCUUUCGAUAUUUUUGAUAUACAAAAAUGACAUUACGGAAACGGAGGAGGACUAAAGUAAGGAAGAUGGAAAUAAGAAAAAUUGUUAUUUUUCGCUUGUUUUCGGUUUUCGAUCUGCUUAACAACUCCGAUUGUUAUACAAAAAAACUUCGUCUUUGUUUUGAUGUCGGCGAAUAAUGUUUUUACAAAAGAAAAGACAAGGACCUGAGGUCUGUAAAAUUUGAUCGGAAUGGCUUCGCGGGCUUCCUGUGGUAAAUACCAAGUCGUUCUCAGCUCCUCGGACUGGGCGCUCGGCGCAUCUCCACAGGACCCCCGAGCUACCUUGUUUCUUUUCUGGUGUUUCCUGUGCAAAAGCGACGAUGCCUGCGGCUUUGCGGAGGAGUAGAAUAAAUCCUUACAGCGAAUGAAGUAACAGCAGUUCCCCUGAUUUUUUAAAGAGUUUCCCCGUUCUUAUUUCUUCUUAUUGCACUGAUUAACCGGAAAUCGGGCCUUGCGCUUGUCCGCUGAACUCAGGGUCGCUUCCUUCUUGUGAAAACAAUGUCAUUGCUACACUAUAUAACCUACAAACUUGUAGUUAUAAGAGAUAAACGGCUGGGAACGAUUUAUUACACCUUUGUAGCGGCUAUUAUCCUCUUCACACUUGUUGAAAUAUUCGUAUUCAAGGGAUAUUUAGAGUAUGACACCUCGCCAGAAGGGACUAUGCGCAUUCUUGUCUCUGACCCCAAGGAUGAUAAUGACAACCAUCCAGUAAUUAAAACUCAUGUACCGUCAUAUUGCUGCAAAGGUAAUGCCAAUAGAACUUGCAGUUUGUGUGAGUACAUUGAUGCCCAAGAGCUCUCAUGGCCAAUAGAAUCUCACACUAUCAACUUGAUGACAUUUGGCAAGGACAGAUGGCAAGUCAAGCAAAGAAAUGACUCAUUUCUUAAACAGGAGUUUGUUAAUAUAAGAGAAAAGAAGUACUUCACGGUUAACCCUGAGGAGGUAAUGAUAAAAGUUGAGCACUCCAUUGUGGCCACAAGGUUCACAAGGAAAAGUGGAAAAGAACAAGUGGCAGCAAGUCAACGGAGCAUGAAGGGGUAUCUUUAUGAUGCACAGGGCAAAAUAAUCCAAAGCAUACCGGCUACCAAUUUCAAAAAGCCUGGUCUUGGCCAGGCAGACAAGCUUACGGUACAAGAACUUCUCAAUGCGGCAGGGAUUGACAGUCUAGAGCAGCCUUCAGAUGCCUUGAAUGCUAAGGGAAAGUCAUUCAGGCGCCACGGGAUGGUACUGCAUGUUGGGAUUUGUUAUCAUAACACAGAGACAACGUUGAUAGGAACUGGGAAUAUCGAGUACUCAUAUCACGUGCGUCGCAUACCAUACGCAGAUUACCGCAUCAACCAAGUGAUUCCUAUCAUCGGCGCGGAUGAUUUUUCUUUCACUGACGAUAAAACAUUGACAAGGCCAGAAAAAAGGUUGUUUAGAAAGCGCUACGGAAUCAAGAUAGAAUUUCAUCAAAGUGGCAAACUAGGUCGUUUUUCUUUGCCUGCAUUACUCUUGAAGCUGGUGUCUGGAGUGGGCCUGCUCACCCUCACCGCCACCAUAGUGGACACAGCCGCCCUCUACCUGCUGCCCGAUAGGUUCCAAUACAGGGAAUUUGUCUACGAAGAAUCCCCGGUAAUAGACAAGAGGCGUUGUAAAGGUGGAGAGCAGAGAUCAGAUGAAACAGCCACUAAGAGCAAGAAAGAAAGCUGAAUGGGCUCGAUCCAUUUUGAGGUUUUAAAUGUGGGUGUAUUAAAAUAUCUUCACUUAUUACACCAAGGCUACGGUCAAGCGGACUAUAUCCUACCCUGGGUACCAGAGGCCCCAAGCUUCGCGGCGAAAACGAUUUGAGCAAAGCGAACGAGCUCGUUCCCCGAGCUCAAAAUGUUUUCACCGCAAAGCUUGGAGCCUAUGGUACCCAGGGUACAUCAAGUCGAUUGUUUCAUCUUAAUUCCUAUAAAUAUCAAUGGUUUUGUGAUAAUAUAAAAUCUAGUAAUGAUUUUCUUAUUCAGAGAGCUCCUAUAGUAUUGACAAUAAUAGAAUAAGACUUUUUUAUAUAAAAAAUGUUUUAUAAUUUUUAUAGAGAAAUAAUUAGGAAAUAAUUUAGAAUAAAAUCCAGUUGUUAUCAGACUGUUAAUUGAAUUCUUCAGGCCCUUCCUGUCUUGCCUUCAAGCAUUUUAAAUUUUUAUAAGUUCAUCACUCAAUUUUUUCAAGCACUACCUUUUCUAGAAAACUUUUAGAGUAGUAAUUUGACCAUCUAAAACAUUACCAUUAUUAGUAAUUGGCAUUUCACUCUCCUUUAUGCUGGACAAAGAAGAAAAUAUUGUCCUUUUUUUUUUUUCUUUCAACAACCAUUCACAGUAGUUUCACACCUUGUUUUUUUCCAGAAUUAAUAAAUAUAUAUUUCCUAUCACUGAGUCUAAAUAUUUAUAUAUUCUUAGCAUCUACCCAUCGCUGCACCGGACCAUCAAACUACCAUUGUUUUCCGGAAGUGUUAUUGAUCUUUUUCACAUCAAUUCCAUAAAACGUCUGAGCCUCUAUUUCCUCCAUAUUUUGAAUGGGUGAUGCCAUACAUGACAAGAGUAUUAAAAUCUGGUAUGAUAAGAAGAGUGGCACCAAUUGAAAUGUAGAUGGAUAGAAAUAUACACUUUCAAAGGACAAAACCUUAAGCUUACAAAACAAUAUUUCCUGUCAUACCUGAUCAAAAUUUCAAUGACAGACUGAAAGAGCUGAAAUAAAAACUGAAAUCACUGCCACGGUUUUAAAAUUACACAUAAACAGGAAACCUGACAAGCUUACUAUAAGCAAAUUUCCUUAACAUGAAACACUAUGCAACUUCCUUUUAAACUAACUAUGUAGUUAACAUUUUCUUGCUACACCAUAUCCACUCCAUCUUUAGGUCCUGGAGGCUUGUUUUUUUAAAAUAAAGCUAAAAGUAAGAAAACAUAUUAGUAAAAAGAAUUAAGUUACUGUAGAGACUACAAGUCAACAAGCAGAAUUUCAAGACUGCUGCACCCUGGCUAGUAAUGAAUGGAAAAAAGAGGGUGAAAUACUAUAUGAAAUAAAACGUUGUCGAGGUGAUUUAAAUUCAAAUUAUAGAAGAAAAAAGCACCUAUCCAUAUUAUUCAAAUCAAGCGUUAUCCCUUUUCCAGCUGCAACAUAAACAAUAGUUUAAGCUUAAGCAUUAUUUUAAUUUGCAAUGUGACACACAUGCUGAGCAAUAUAUGCUCAAUCUCAUGAUAAAAAAAAAUAUCAACUGGCAAUGAAACAUGUUUUUAUCACAACUUAGAGGAGAUUCAUGAGAGUCCAAACUGUAAAUCCUUUAUACAUGAUUAUAACCAUAUAGUAAGAAAAGUAUUUUCAUUUUGGAUUUUGACUCAUGUGGGUCAUUUUCCAUGUGAAUUUAGUGUAUCCAAAGAGAUUUGCAAAGAAAAAGACAUAAUAACAAAAAAACAACAUGAAAUGGAAACCCAAUAGUUUUAAAUACCACUUUAGCAAAAAUAAGAAGAAGUAAAAAUUAUUGUAAAAUGGAUGCUUUAUAGUGUAUCAUAAAACAGAAUAUUUCAUCACCUUGCAUUAUUAAUAUACCAGCCCUGAACUUCCUGGAUUUUACUCUAUAUAUGGGUUUGCCAUUUGCAUUUUGUAACUGUAUAAGUCACAAGUCAUUUGAAAAAAUAAAAAUAAAAAAUGUUUUUUUUUAAA